AUGCACCCAUCAAUCUCCCUUCUCUUAGCUCUCCUAACUCUCUCUUUCAUCUCUUACCUUCUCCCUAUAAUACCUUCUCAUCCUCGUCUUUUCCUAACUCUCAUAACAUUCUUAACAUCUAUCUUCUUUCUCAGAUCAUAUGGUCUUCCUCUUUAUCUACGUUAUCGGACUCAAAUACGUUUCGCAUCAAUCUCCCUUCUCUCAGCAAAGGGUUUGGAAUGGAGACCUGCACAUAAGAGUGGAACGAUAGUUCCUACGGUUAGGAUCGAAAAGGUUUGUUGGGCUUGGGGAGGUAGGAAAGGGGAUGAUGUUGGUUGGGUCGUUUUGAAGUUUGAAGGGAUUGCCGUGAGGGCUAGAGAAGGUGAUGUUUUGAGACAAGGUGGAGGUGGGAAGUCUCAUCGCGGUCCAUCCAAAUUGCGCGAUGGUAUCAUGUGGUCUCUUGGUUUGACCAUCAACCAUUGGGCCGGACUCAGUCGACUUCUCUCCAUUCAGAUAUCCGACUUCAGAGUCAUUUUCGACGAUUUGGAUGGACUCGAACUGACGGUUCACGAUGCCAGAGCAGGCAUCAAAGUGGUCUUUGAAAGUAGAGGUGAAGAAAAUUUCCUAGAUGCGGCUUUCUGCACAUCACCUACGUCUUCACCUACGGGAGGAUAUUUCUCUCCCCCUAUCUCUCCCAUCCGUACUCAUCCCCAACCAAGCUUCUCAGACUCUUUCAGUCCUUCCCGACAUAUCAUCUCCCCUUCAAUUUCGACAUCAGCCCCUUUACCUCGAGCUACUAGAAGACGAAGUUCUCUUCUUCAACCGAGAUUACCUCCCUCGUUGACAGGAUUCUGGCGACGUUUGUUUGGACGUGGUACAGGUUCGGUAUCUAUCACCGCCUCUGUGGAAGGUUUAGCGGUUAUUCUUCCUCAUUUCAAUCCCCCUCAGCCAGUAUCGGCCAAACCUUCAAUGCCCGAUUUGUCGACGAGAAACAAUGGCUUAGAUCACAAGUCUUCCAUAAGAUCGAUGAAAGAGGACAACAGACCAACUGUUUUUCCGAGUAGUGGAGGCAAAUCUAUCCUCCCCACGACCAAUUCCAGAUAUGCUAUCACCAGUGGCGAUGGAGGCUUUGAGAAACUUUUAGAGGUGGAUGGACGCAGUAGUGCAGUGCUAGGAGUGGGUUUUGCGCCGAAUAAGAUGUUAGGAGGAGAAGGCACGCUCAGUGCGGCAGUGAGUAUAGGUGAGGUGCGGACGAGUCUGGGAGCUCUGGAAAAAGUGCAGGAGAUGAUACAAGAACGUAGACCUGAGAAAUCCCCUAGUGAAAGUCCAAAAUCUGGUAUAUGGGCACCUCAAGGAGCAGCCAGGAUCGCAUUGAGAUCCCUCGAGUUCGUCUCCCUCUCGUUCGCCCGUAUCACAUUCUGCCAUUUUCUCCCUUCUGCACGCAACUCCGCUCCUCCAUCUGAGUCGGAAACAUCGUCAUUGCAAGAAGAAGACCUGUUUCAAUUAUCUUUGUCCACCUCCAACCUCCACUGUCGACUCUCUGCUGCUGAUUCGAGCAACAACGAUCGGGCCCGCAAUGCAUUCGGUCACAACACCUCUCCUGCCUGUCGAAUCAAGGGUAUCGCAUACUCGGCAGGGUGGACCAGCAUCGAGCUACAAUGUCUUGCACCUGGUGAACGUGAAGAUGAGCGGGACCAGCUCUUCGCCGUGAGAGAAGCAGACUUUGAGGGCUUGUCCACAUGGCGUCCGAGGGGAUGGUCUAGGGAGGAACUUUUAUUCUCCAGCGAUCCCAACAUUGCAUUGUUGGUUGGAAAAGGUGAUAUCGCAUCGAUCGAUGUGGCUGGUGAUGUUCAGCUUUUGACCGAUUUGGUUCAUGCUUGGAAACGUAGUAGACCGAGGGAGGUGACACCGGAAAAGGUCGAAUACGUCAAGGCGACAAAGAGAGAUUUCGGCCUUCCACCUAGAAUGCGAAUGGUGAUGGACAUAGGUCACGCCAUGUUGGUUCUGGCCGAUCGUGUGUCUGAGCACAAAACCACCCUCGCUCUCGCAUCGGAUGGUUUACAUCUAGGUUGUUUCACAAGUUUUCAAGAUAUCAUAGGUCGACGACCCGAUCGAUCUUCUACAAAGGAAGCUUUCAGACGAGAAGACGAACUUCGUGGUCGAAGGAAAGAGAUGCAAGGUGUCGAUUAUACCUUACCUGUAUCAAUGUUGAAACCUCAAGUACGUCGAAGACAUUCUACAACUCCGGCCAAAUUACGUGAUGACUAUUCCAUGUCCAUGUCUUUCGAGGCUAGUUUGGCAUUACAACCCAUGUCUCUACAUUUGACGCUGGGAGAGAAAGAUCCGAAGACGUAUCAUUUAGCCACCGUCGGAACGGCUUUCGGAACGUUUAGUGGAGACGUAUUGGGUAAACACGAUAUCGAUCAGCGUGGUUCUGAGAAGGCAAGAUUGGAACAAACAUCAAUAUCCGCUGCUAUAGAUUUAGGUAUUGAAUCAGGGAUCAAAGUCAACAUGUGGCAACCUGCUGUACUUGAUGCUCUCGUCGCUAUGGGUGGUGAACGUCGACAUGCUGAACCACAACAACCUCGUUUGAUACAGAGUAAUCUACUUGACCGACUCCCAUCUGGAAUAUCGGCACGUCUAUCCUUGGGUUUGAUCAGUAUUUUCGUAGGUCACAAAGACCCAAAUCCCCAUUGUUCCCUUGAACUCAUCCGUGGUCUUUGGAUCCAAACACAAGCUACUUUCGAAUUUGCCCAUUAUUCCAAUCGUGCCCAAGCUCUCAACUCUCGUCAUCCUUUGAACGGACCUCAACGAGCCAAACUUCGUCUUCCUGACGAUAUCACCACCCAAGCCCUGGCGGUAUACUACCAGGUCUCUUCCACCGGUGGAAGAGCCGCAUUGACGUCUGCGGUGUUAGUGAACUUCUUUGUCAAACCUAUUUGGCAUGGUCAAAGAUUUACCGAUGCAGGAGGAACCUCUAUGUCUCACGCGAAUACAAGACCUGUACAACAACCUCAAGCGGAGGAUUAUGUUGGGUGGGAGUUCAGACGACCUAAUGGCGGUGAUUCGGCAGGUUGGGCGGAGUCUACAAAUGCUCUUCCACCGUUAGAGACAACAGGAACAGAUCAGGCUCAACAGCCGCUGAUCAGAAUUCAUGAAGGACGAUUCACAUUCUUCUUCUCUCGAGCUACAGUCAAUGCUCCCUUGAGCAAACGAUGUCAUGGCAAAGUCGACAGUGUUAGAAUACGUGGUGACAUGUCACACAUCUACGCAUCUCUACUAGCUGUUUUAACUUUGAAAAAACUACAUAAAGCAUGGAGAAAGCCACAUCCUCCGAGUAAAAUCCCACGACAACACACGGGAUUAGAUGUCGAGAUCAGUCUUCCGCGCGUAUUACUACAUAUUGGGUUCCCUCUGCAAGAACAAGUUUUCAUACAUAUGACCAAUAGUAUGAUUUCCAAACAUACCGAUACCGGUAUACGUGGGAGGGCAGAGGCGGUACUUGUUCACGUUCCUUCUCCGAUGCAUCAAGGAUCGUGGGAUGAACUGGGUCGGAUCAAGGAGCUCUCCGUGGUUGCGGCUCCAUUGGGUGAACCUCCUGAAUUUCAUAUUGGCGGAGAAGCAUUACGAAUCCGUGUCCCUCAUACGUAUGAAUUAUCAAAGCUCAUACUCAAUAUCAACGUGUCAAUCAAGAGUUUAAAGCUGCUCCUACUUGACAUCUUCACUGAAAAUCCUCCAGAUGGAUUUCGAACGGUACGAAUACCGGAAGCUGAAGGUCCGAAGAGAGUUCCACCUUUGCAUUUUUCGUUCAAACAUGUCGACAUUGAAGCAAGGGAUAAUCCUAUCGAAACUAAACUAAACAUGAUCUGGCGAGUAGGUUUAGUAGCUCAAAAAGCUAGGAAUGAAUUAGAAGACGAGUUUGAGAAAAAAGUUCGAAUCAUCUCUCAAGCUGAAGCUGAAGAAUUUUCAGACGAUGAUGUUUCUACCACUAUCAAUAUUCCUAGUCAUGGUUCCAAAUUUUCACAAAAACUCACUCCGAAACAUAGCGUAUCAUUAGACGAAGCUCGAUAUCGAUUAGAUUGGUAUAAAUCUCAAAAAUGGAUCCACCGCAUUUCUUCAGCAAGGGAGGAACAAAAACGUCGUGAGACUGAAGCUGUUCGACCUUUUCAAAUACCUCACGUUUCAUCUCGUCUCCCGAUAUCCGUCGUGGGACCAGUUUGGGAAGCUCCAUUAUUCCGUUCAACAUUUGAAGAUUUCAAAAUGUCCAUCACUCAACCAAACAUGAAUCGAGAGGAGAUUAUUGAAUACAUGGGAGAAUGUUCGGCACCAUUUCACCCUGAUACACAGUUCACACUAAUGGUACCACUUCAGAUCAAUUGGACAAUGUCACAUGCCGAAUGGCGUCUUCGAGAUUAUCCAUUAUCAGUAAUCAAGAUACCGAGAUUAGAAGAUAAUUCUCCUGCUUGGCAUGUAGAAUCGCCAUUCAUAAUUGCCGAAGAAUUAGCCGGAGAAGAUUCUAUUACCUUGGUACCUACACCUGUCAUACCUGCCGGUUUGGGAGAUACAAACGCAAAACCUUUUCAAUUACAAAUAGCCAAAACCAUCAUGCCCGUGAAGACUUAUGCAAGACCAGAAGUUCAUGUGAUGAGUAAGAAUACGACAGAGUUUACUUGGGGUAAUUCUUAUCAACCUGCCAUACAGGAUUUGACCAGGGUUAUAGAGACUCUGAGUCACCCGCCGAGGGAUCCAAGUCCAAAGAUUGGAUUUUGGGAUAAGUUUAGGUUGAUAUUACAUUGGACAGUGAGAAUACGUUUUGAUGGGAUAGUCCAUUUACAUCUGAAAGGCUCUCGUGAUCCGUAUUAUAUCGAAGGUCUCGGUGCUGGUUUUGCCUUAGCUUGGCGAGGUAACACAAGACUCGAAAUUGGACAUGCCAAUCCUCAAUUCGAACUUAUACAAAUUUCAGCUGAUAGUUUGAUGAUAGCUAUUCCCGAUUUGUCCGCCUUACGAGAUGAUACUUUAGUCGGAGCGGAAGGACCAGAAGCUUCAGCACCAGUACCUCCCAAUGCGGAUCAUACUUCUCUCAUCAAUAGACGGUACACAAAACCUUGUGCCAGGUUCAACAAUGGGACUCGAGUAGGUUUUGGUUUCCGUUUUGAGAGAACUUGUCGACCGUGGAGCUGCGAUAAGUGUGGGAGUACGGAGAAUUUGAUGCAUCGACAAUGUAGGAUUUUCGACUUUAAACAGCAUCAAGAGGUGAUUCUGAGGAGUGAAGAGGCUAUCAAGGAGGAUGAGAGAAGACAUGGACAUUCUGUCGACUCAUACGAAGGCUUCCGUUCAGACUAUAUCCACUUCUCAGUAUCUCUCGUCAACUCCACUGGCGACCAACUCGCCCCUGACAGUCUCAACAUCGACAAAGACAACAGUCUACAUCUCAGUCCUAAAGCUUUCGCCCACUUCUUCGCCUGGUGGAGACUCUUCGAUCACACUUUGUCUCUACCAAUCCGUCAGGGAAGUCUCUUUCCCAACUUCCCAACUCAAAGCAAAUCAUUCGGUCGAAGUUUAGGAACGAUCAAAUAUCGUUUUGACCUCUCCCCGCUAUACCUCUCCCACGUGUACUCGCAAAUGCGUAAAGAUUUAUGGACGCUCGGAAUGUCGGAAUGUCUCGGUAUCAAAGCACGAUUUGGUCGGUUCCGUGCCGAUGCUCAUCAGCGAGCGCAGGAAAAGACUGUGCACCACGAACAACUCAAUCGUACCAUCGUUGUCACUCAUAAACCAUUCUAUGCGGCCGAUCUACUACUUGACGACAUUGAGGUCAAAGGAUUACGAGCGCAUUUUGAAGAAGCAUGGAAACGUCGAGGACCGGAUGAAGUCAUUUCGAACCUUCCCAAAGUAUCAGAAAUGGAUGUUACCAAGAAAGGAUGGUACAGUUUCUUCGAUUACGUCGAUGCGGAUCGUAAACCUCUUGACAAGGAUCCGAGAUUAGAUGUGGUAGAGUUAGGCGAUUGUCCUCAGGUAUUCUUCUCCAAAAGAGUCAAAGCGAAACCGUCAAGUCCCCACGAAGAUAAUGGUACGAACGGGAUGGCCUCUGAAAGUCAUCAAGAGAUGGAAAAUACAAAGUUCGGACAUGAAAAAUCACAUAUUUGUUAUUUAGGAGCAGCGGAGGGUGUGGGGCCUACUCAACGACGUAUAGUCAGUAUGAGGAUACGUCAUUUAGAACGUGAGAUCCAAGACCUCCUCGAUCUGGAAAAUACCCCGGAGAAGAAAUCUGCAGAACUUCGAAAUCAAACUAUUCAAAGAUCACUCAAGGCCUUGAAACGACAUUUCGAAGAAUUACAGAAAGAGGAGAAGAGAAGGAUGGAUGAUAACACUUUCGAAGCUGCCUAUAAGCAAGGUGUAAUAAAUGGUUAUCCUCAAUCGCAACAGGAGCAAGAAGCCCCCUUCGAAAAUACUUUUCACGUUCAUUGUCCUCGUAUCUCAUGGACAAACGAAUCGAGGAAUAUCCUAUUUGGGUGGUACUUUUCCAGUCGGGAUCGUAAAAGAGAAGAAUACACCGUAUCGCAUGCCUCGCUUCGUGGAGUUCGGGAUGGUCUUCGACGUAGAUUGAACAGACCCAAGAAUGGUCUGAAUCAGGAUGAUAUUGAUGUUGAGAUCUACCCCGUCCCUGCUCAGAUGGCCGGAGUCAUGGUGGAUGGAUUGGAGAAACGAUUACGAGAUCCUAAAGCUUGUCGAAAUCAAUUCAGACUUCCUGUAACUCAUCAGCAUGAUCAUGAAGAUAUACGAAAACCCUCGAUUGGACUACCGACUGAAUGUACUGUCAAACCGAAGAAUCGAAUUCUCCUCCUAAAACCUCAGGUGGCGCUCAAGAGCAAUGUUGAUACCGAGUCGAUGAUCCUUUUAGCCCUGGAGGAGAUUUCCUUCAAAGCUUACGACAUUGUUGAUGAGAAUGCCAUGGAUCUAGUUACUGCUGAGGUCAUGGCUCGACAAUAUGUAUCAAUGAAAGGACUUCAAGCUUUCUAUCCCAAUUCUGAAAUGAUGGAACGCGAAAGAAGUAUGGAUGGUAUUCCCAAAGGACUUGAUUUCUUACCUCUGGAGAUCUUCCUCGACGUAAAGAGCGAAGCCACGGAUUAUGAUCGUAUUGUUCUCAAGACGGACGCAGCUAUGUCUCUUGACAGAUUCAAUCAUCUCAGGGUUCCUAGAGGACUCGAAUGGCCUGAAGCGAUGGACGAUGCAGGCGAGCCGAUACAUCAUUUACGUCUUCAUCAAGAUCUAACCACCGUUAUAGUCCCACGUCUUGUUCUCUCAGCUACCUCUCAACAUUAUUCGGCAUUGUACAACGUCGUCACUGAUUUGUUAAUGUAUCAAGAUCCCGCCCAUCGUCGACGGUCUCAACGUGUCGAUGAAUUCUUGCUUCAAUUCGAUAGACGAGAUCGAGAUCCGUCGACAUUCUUGGUGGAACUGUUCAACCUACAACGUGAGAUCCGAGAGCUUGAGGAGAAACAUAGAGGAUACGAACAAAAUAUCGAUCGGAUCGAUGAUGUCGGACGUCAAACUUUGGUACAGAUCCGAGCGGAUCAUUUGGAAUAUAUGGACCAUCUCUUUACUGUAUUCGACGCCAUUUCCGUCAAUUUCGCUAAAGACGACGCUCGAGCCAUGCUAAAGGCUUCUUCUCGAUUCGAAGUUCGAGCAGGAGGUAUCGCAUGGCACAUGUUACAAGAUACUUUUCAACCUCUUAUCAAACUGGACAUUGAACAUACUCUUUUAUCAUAUCUUCGAAACAAAGAUGGAUCUACCGAUCUCGCUAUUGCCGUGGGUGAUCUCGCGGCUCUCAACAGUAAUGCCGAUGUUCUUUACCCGGAAGUGUUCGCUGUACAUGGGAAUGGGACUGGUAGUGGUUUUUUCAGUACAAACGUUUCGACUUUAUCUCUACCAUCACAAAUGCCACCACUUAGUCGAUCACAUUCUGAAGUUUCAAUAGCUUCACAAAAAAGUGGAACGGCAUCAAUUCAUUCCAUUCGAUCAAAUUCCUCUGGAGAAGAUUCGAAGAAUAAAGCUUUCCCUCUUACUUCGAAUUUACGUGAUGCUCAAGAAAUGCGUCGUCGUGCAUCUUCCAUCAAAACAUUCGAGAGGAUCGUAUUUGGGAACACUGCUUUUAUUCUUGAUUUCAAAGGUGAUGGUAAACGACGUAAACUGGGUAUACCACUUCCUGACGUUGUCGGAUUUCAAGUUCGGACACCUGAUUGUGUUUAUCUGCGCAAGUUAUGGACUUACGAAGAUGUUUUCGAACAUGUUAAACGGGAUGUUCGAGCACAUUUAUGGGCGCAAUCAGGUGAUUUGUUAUCACAAAUCUUACGAAACACUUCUUUAUUAAGAAGUAAAAAAGGAUUACAAUCGAUGACACCAUUACAUAAACUCACCAAUGGGACAAGUGGAUCUACGAAUACAAGAGAAUCGAAAUUGAGAUAUCAUCUGGAACCUUCACUUUCUUCAGAAGGUAUGGAAGGUGAUAGUUCUGGACAAAGUAGUGGUGGAUUAUCUAAAUUAGGUUCAAGAUUGACCAUUGAAGGCUCAGAAAUCUCAAGAGCUAUAUCUAAAUCUAGUGGAUUAGAUGUUUCACCAAUCAAAAGACAUAAUAAUAUGCCUUUGGAUCCUUUGUCUCCUCAAAGUCAACCGAGUUUAAGAAGUAAAAGUCCUUUCACACCUGGAAGAGAUUCGGUAGAAGAUGAAGAAGAUGAGAGGGAUGUCAGUUUGGGUAAAGAAGUGGGGAGAAAAAUGAAAGGGUUUUUACACAAGUUGAGACCGAGAAGAGCGAGUGAAUCUGUCAAUGUUUCAGGUGACGAGGUGAGUCAAACUUCAUUUUUUUUCUAUGGAUUCUUGUUUUGA